AUGCAUACCACAGGAGAAGAUGACGAGCUGCUUAAAAAAUUACUGCAUGCGCACGAAGAGCACAAAAAGUAUUUCAGCAGUGCCCUUGAUGUGAUAAGUGGCACUUACACUAGGCAAAAGUCCCGAGUAUCUAGUAUAGAAGAUAAUGUACAUGCAUAUAUAGAGUACUGCAUACCAAAGGAUGAUUACGGUGUCUAUGCAAAGGCUGUGAUGAAUAGUAUCCAGAUGUUGAGAAAUUCGAAAAGGGUGUUAACAAACAUACACGAACUAACAAGACCUUUGUGCAGGCGCGGCUAG